AUGACGAUCAACAACAUGGAGGAAGGAUACGUCGCCCAUACCCUCGGCCUCAAGGCCGCUCAAACGUACUGGCCAUACCUGUGUGCUCACACCGGAAAGCCCGGCCCCGAAGUCAACAUCGGCAACAUCGACAAGCGUUACGACUGCCCCGUCGACGUCAGGACUGGUUCUGUUAUCCCCGCUGCGACGAGCUCGUGGCCGGCCUGCACAUUUAAGGGCACAUUCGAUAUGAUCGAGAGGUGCAGGUGCACGAAGAUCCAUAAGCCCAUCUUCUUUUGCGCUCGCGAGAAGAAGGGCCGACGCGGGUUUUCCAUCGCGGAAGUAAUCUCGAGCAAUGCAGUUCCUGCGGUGGGUCUGUCUCAGGUGAAAGAGAAGUACUGUGACCUCGAAUGGAACUGGCCCUAUUACGACGCCCCGGGCACGAUUCAGACCGCGCGUAUCGACAUCAGUAAUGCGGACGGCCAAAACACCAACUGGAGCUUUAUGAAGGCAGCAGCAGCCGUUCUCGAUCGCGCCGUCCAAGAGUAUGCCCAACGGACGGAUAACACAACCCGUUGGCAGAUCGGCCAGAACAUUCGCGGAGAUACGAUCAAUAGGGAUACCAUAUUCAUUGUGGGCUUCAUUCAUCUCGGCAAGGCGAAGUGGAGGCCUAUUCUGCAGCUAGACGGCAUAGUCAUUCCUUUCACGGCGUACCAUCCAACUAUGCCGCAAGUGGGCCCCCCGAUUACGUGGUACGCUGACGUCCUAGAGGGCGAGCGUUGA